AUAUCAUCCAUAUCAAAUAGUAUUAAACCUUUUUAUAUUGAAUCUUGUCCUUUUGAUCUUAGGCUGAAAUAUUUUAAAAAUGAAAUGUUAAUUUAUUAUUAAAUAGAUAACUAAUGUGUUGAUUUUGUUCCCUUUCUAUCAGUGAAUGACUGUAUAAAAGAGUUCAACAACUGUUGUAGCCAAGCGAAUACCAGUGAUUUUCAUAUGUGCAAUGGUCAGUCCUGCUACGUUUUCUUUCUUGAACACAAGGACUGGAAAUCUGCUUUAAAAGAGUGUAGACAAGGUCUUCCCUUCUACACUGAUGGUGUGCAUCUAGUACAGUUGGAGACGAAAGAAGAAGGACAAUUAAUUAAUGACUUUGUCAGAAAAUUGACAGAUAAAACAACGACCAUCUGGACAAGUGGUUCUAAAUGUCCUCACCGUGAAAAUGACUCUUCUUCGACUAAGUUCCUCUGGAUUGAUAAUAUCGAUGUUUCAGAUUGGAUAAAUGACGGAUUUUCUUCUCUGGAAGCACAGUCAAAAAUAGAACCAUAUCAGGGCUGUAUGUACUUGUACAUGAUUAUCAGCCAGAAUUCCAGUCAAGAAGUAAUUUAUGGAUAUACAACCGAAUCUUCAGCCUACAGUUAUAUUUGCGAAAUGAUGUCUCCUGACCGACCAAGUACAACUAGUAGAUUUAGCGAUAUGGAGACUUCCAGCCAGGAGUCCAUUACGUCAGCCACGACAGAUAAAAUUUUGUCUUCCACUGAUUCUACAUCAGUAACUACAAUGAUGUCCUACCCAUCUACAGAUUUUCCUCCCCAAAAAACCAUCAGUGUGACAACGUCAUCCCCCAAACACAUGAGUAGUAUAACCAGUACGAUGGCACAUAACCCAUCCACGGAGCCAUUCACUUAUCCCACUAGUACAGAGAAAGAUAUAUUUCCUGUUUAUACUGAAUCGUCAUCCCAAGGCAUAAGCACUCCUGCUGAUAAUAUGAUAUGCAGUCCGGUGUCAAGCCCGUGUAACCAACACACUACCACCCGAGAAAGUAAUGCUAUGGACCAUUUCAACCGAAGUUCCAAAAUUACUCACUCUUUAAAUUAUUGUCCAGGUCGAGAAGAUCGAGGAAUUCAAUGGCCUAACAUCCUUAAUGGUUCAGAAUGCUCAUGUCCCUGUCCAGGAAAUUCGAUUGGGAAGGCCACAUGGCGGUGUGAAAACAUGAAGUUUGUAACACCUGUUCCAACUUACUCGAAUUGUAAACAUCAGUGGUUGAUUAUUUUAGACGAACAGAUAAAAAGUGGAUGGAAUAUUCUGGAUAUAAGUAAAAGUCUCAACGAAAGGACCCUAGAACAGGACAUAUUUGGUGGAGAUGUAGCUGCUAUCAUAUCUAUCGGAAAGAAACUCCGUGAGGAACUUGAACGUAAUCUAAAUGAGAAAACGAAUGACAUCAAGGGGUUGUUGGAACUCGUCAUCGACAAUGUUAUAUCAACUUACGAUAACUUAGUUAAUGAGAAGCACGAUCUUGCAUGGAAGGAUUUACCACAUCACGACCGGGUUACUUCGGCAAGCAAUAUUAUGUCAGAAGUGGAUAAGUUAGGUAUAUUGCUAAGCUGUCAACUUUCACCGGGCUCCAGAACUUCAGUUAUCAAAAAAUUUGUUGCACUUGAAGCUUUCACCUUUCCCGAACAACAAAUAGAGAACGUUCUCAAAUUUCCUGAGCAGACUAACACUCAGCUGAUCUUACCAAAAGGUUUGAACACAUCUGACUACCCCUCAGCAUGCGCCAUAAUGACUGGUGUAGGAGUACACUACAAACGACUUGGAAACUACCUUAGACCACAGAACGACGGAUCAGAAGAAACCGAUCAAGUCAUCAAUACCAAUGAAGUCAAUUCUGAUAUCCUGGGUUUUACAGUCGGCAAGUCUGAAAACUCUAUAAGCCUCCCAGCUGGUCUAGAUGUCAUCAUGAGACUGGAUCAUCUCCGCAAAGGCAGGGCUAGCAACGUUAGCUGUGUGUUCUGGAACACGACAAGUGAAAAGUAUCCAGAAUGGGACACCUCAGGUUGUCGUUUGAUGUGGACCACCACAACUUCUACUUACUGCGCAUGCUCUCAUCUCACAAACUUUGCUGUAUUAAUGGAUUUUUCUGGAGUUACCCUCAAGAAACACAACAAACCUCUACGGAUAUUGUCACUAGUAUGCUGUGUGUCAUCAAUAGUUGCUUUAGGAUUGACCAUCGCUUUCCUCGUUUUAUUUAGACCUCUCCGCUGUCGACGUAGCACCAUUACAUGUAACGUCAGUGCUUCAUUGCUGGUGACACAUUUCUUUGUCGUGGUAGGGUUAGACAGAACGGAAGUGCCUGCUUUAUGUGGAAUAAUCGCUGGAAUCUUGCAUUAUUCGAUCCUUGCAGCUUUUUCCUGGAUGUUGCUAGAAGGAUUCCACUUGUACCAAAUGAUCGUUGUAGUGUUUACUCGAGUCGACCGGCUUCGAAUUCAUUGGUUCUAUGCGUUUGGCUAUGGUGUUCCUUUCGUGAUUGUCUUAACUUCCUCUAUUGUGUAUCCAUCGGGAUUUGGAACGGAACAGAACUGUUGGCUUGAGAGGAAGAAAGGGAUGGUAUGGAGUUUCGCUGGUCCAGCAGGUGUUGUCAUAUUGGCAAAUAUAAUCAUACUGAUUGUGUCCCUGCGAUCAGCCGCAUCUUCGAAACUUAUUGCAGAGCAGACAUCUACCAAGAAAACCAUGAACUGGCUAAAGGGAACUUUCUCUUUGAUGACACUUCUUGGACUUACUUGGGUCGUGGGAUUUUUCUUCAAUACUGAAGCUACAGUUGGUUUUGCUUACCUAUUUGUUAUAAUGAACGGCCUUCAGGGUGUCUUUAUAUUCGUCUUCAAUGUAGUGAUGAAUGAGAAAGUUCAAAAUUACCUCGCCCGAGUGUACAUUAAUCGAAGUCUUUCCCAGCCACUAUUUGUCAGAGAGUAUCAAACUCGGUCUUCUGUAAGUGAACGAAGCCAAGAAUCUACACAUAGCCGAAACCACAAGAAGUGAUUCAAAUCCUGAUUGGGUCUGCUAAAUAGAGACAGCGGCAGGACUGCCUUCACGUGUUCACAAAUAAUAAGGAUCUUGUUUCUUUGCGAAUCAAACACAGCAGACAAGUUUUUAAAAAAAAAGUUACAUGCGUGUGUAAAGAACAUAAACUACUGUCACUGUAGCAAUUACAUCACAUCUAUUUAAAUUUCGAUCUUAUUUAAUCAGUCAUCAAUAAAAA